AUGCUAAAUCAUGCUCUCAAUACACUUCCAGGAGGCGAAGGAAUCCCAUCCCGCAAAGCUGCCAAAGCCAAAGAAAUAGAGCUAGAAUCUGAGCAGCUCAAAAUUUAUAUAGACGAUCUCGAAACAAACCUAGCCCUUAAUAAAGAAAUGCUUCAUGAUAUAUUAUCAAGUAAAUUAAAUGAGUCUAAUUCUGAAGACACUGUCAAUAUCAGCUAUACAGCUCCACGUAUGAUCGAGCAGCUGCUCACCGAAACAAAGCAGCUUGAAGACACCCUCAAAAAGCUCAUCACUGACCGAAAUGAUGCCCAAGGCAAAGCCUUAAUAAACGAACAAAUUUCUGCAGAAUUUCAACGAAAAGAACAAGAAUUAGUCCAAGAAUACGAAGACAAGCUCCAAGAAAUUAGGUACCAAAACGACAAAAAAGAACGCAUUAUCUGUGAGCUCAUGACAAGAAACAAGCAGUUAGAAAUCGAUGCUGAGCUGUAUAGAAAAUCCAGGAAUAUGAUAAUUGUCCCACCUACUGAUGAAAUUUUGGACUUGCAUUGCCAAGUUGAAGACUUAAAAGAAUAUAUGCAAGAUCUUGCAAGGGACCUUUAUUGUACGCAGAUGUAUAGAUAUAAACUUAUGGAGAAUUCAAAAAUGCUUUGAAGUGAAUGUCAGAAAAUAGAAGCAUUAUUGAAAAAUCCUGUAAAUAGGAAGCCAGGGGUAGAAAGAAGCUAUAUUAAUAACUUAUUUAGCCCAAGAAAAGAGUUCAGCUUUGAGUUCAAAAUAUCUGAUGAGACAAGUGGAUCAGAAGAAAGUUCAAUAAUCAAUGAGCCAGUUGAAGAUGAAGAAGUAAUUCAUACAACGCCUAAUAAGCAAAGGCCUGUACCUGUCCUUGAUUUUACGAAAAUUAAAAAUAAAACACUUUCAAUGCAAGAUAAUUAUUAUAAACAAACAGCCCUAACGCCAGAAGAAAGAGCUUUAGAAGACAAAAUAGAACAGAUGAAACAAGAAAUUCAUAAUAUGAAACAAGAGCUGACUGUAGAAAGCGAAGGGCUGCUAAUAAUAUCUGCAGAAAAUUCUAAAUUGUUAGAAAAAAACGAAAAACUAGCUGAAGAGUAUAUCGCCUCACACCAAAAAAAAGACCAAAUUCAAGACACCAUAAGUAAAAUGCAAGGCCGAGAAAAGAUAAAAAGAGGUAGAGUGACGACUGAAAUCAAGCCAGCAGCCCACGAAAACCCAGUUAUUUUUAGGGUCGCGCUUGAAGGCAGUUAUGAAGAAAACGAAGAAAUUGAGAUCAGACCUGACAGCUUUUAUGCAAAAGAAAGGAGUUUUCAAAUUUCUGAGGAUUAG